AUGGGACCGAGUCCCCCCUUAAUUCUGGCCUGUGAUCUACCUCUCUUUGUACCCCUGUUUCUGCCGGACCUCUUUCUUCUUAUUGCUUCCUCCUUCUAUUUCUUCCUCCAUACACCUCUCUCCCCUCCCUGGUCUUCUUGCUUAUUUCCCCCCAGUUGUCUCUCCUCGUCUAUCUCUCUCUCUCUCUCUCUCUCUCUCUCUGUUUUUUCUGUGGGCUUCUGUCCCCUUCUUGCUGCCAAGCUGGAUUUCCUGCAGGUGAAGCAUCUGAAGAGGAAGAGGAAGAGCAACUACAGUGUGAGAGAAACGCAGACUCUAAUCAGGGAGAUCCACAAGAGGAGGGACGUGUUGUUCUCCAGACAGCAGAACACAGCCAUUAAUGAACUAAAGAGACAGGCAUGGGAGGAAGUGGCACGAGCUGUCAAUUCACUGGGGGAGGGAGAGCUGCGCACUGCUGCUGAGGUAAAGCGUCGUUACCUGGACUGGCGUGCACUGAUGAAGAGAAAACAGCUUCAGGCUGAGCUCUCACUCUCCUCCUCCUCAUCCUCGUCAGUGGCCCUGAAGACCGAGUAUGAUCAGUCUUCCUCCCCUGAGCACGAGGAAGCUUCUCUGGGAUCUGGGUGUGACCAGCUGCUCGACCUCUCGGGUUUUCCAAAGGACUGUCACUGCGACUGGCCGGAGCUGGCGGCUCUCAGUGAACCGAGCGGACAGGCCACGAUGGCACCACCAGGUGUGAAGAUGGAAGAUGACAUUACUGAAUACAGACUGGAUGGUGAUGGUGAUGUGGGAGAUGGAGAAAUAGAUGAAGAUGAUAUUCCGUCCCUCCUCAGCGACAUCGAGUCACGUGGCGAGGGGCAUGUUGGUGAUGUUUACUCCCACAACGACUUGGGCAUGCUCAACUCCUCCAAGGCUCCGACUUUCACCAGAGACCUGCCACUUUCUGGAGGCCUGAUGGGGAUGUCAGCCCAUGCUUUGGGUGGACUAACAAAUCAUGAAAACAUGGGAGCUGGCUUUCUGGUUGCUGUUGAGAAACAGCGACUGGAGCUGGAAAAACAGCGCCUGGCUGUGGAAACUGAACGCCUGGCAGUGGAGAAAGAGCGGCUGGCGGUGGAGAAGGAGCGUCUUCGUCAGAUGGAGGUAGAGAGAGAAAGACUGCAGCUGGACAGAGAGAGGUUACAGGUGGAGAGGGAGAGGCUGAAGCUUCUGCUCCUCAGCCAAUCAGAGCGCGUUGACUCCUCCUUUAACCUGCCACCACAACAAGGCCCACCCUCGUCGUCUACAUCUGCUUUAUCCUCCACUCAUGAUGGACAGAGGGAGAGAGAGAAAGAAAGUAAAGGCUGGAUGUCAGUGGUGGACCGGGAGACAGAAAGGCUCAAACUGGAGAAGGAGAGACUGCAGUUGGAGAAGGAGAGACUGCAGUUCUUUAAAUUUGAGGCUGGCAGACUGCAGAUUGAGAGAGAACGCCUCCAAGUGGAGAAAGAGAGAAUGCAGCUGCACAAAGAUCAUCAGGGCCACUGAGAGAAAGACUCAUAA